AUGGAUAGUUAUCGCUGUUGGUAUUUGAUAUUUGUGUUGAUUAAUUCGAUUGAAUCAGAUAGUUUCUUGCUUUCAAAUGAAUCAACGCUUGAAAAACAAACGUCGACGAAAUCAGCCGAUCAUCGCGUCGAACAUCAGUCGACUAUUACAACGUCUUUGGCAACGUUUACGACAACAAUUCGUUCGAGCAGCGCCAUUCAACCACUUAUAACAAAACCUAACUCUUAUCUUUAUAAUUCCGAUGAAGAGGAGACUGUUCUCGAUCGAACCAAACGAGACACGGCGCCUUUUGUUUGUAAAACCGAUGGUUAUUUUCCCGAUCGACAGAACUGUCGAGUGUAUCACAUUUGCACAUCAGGUGUGGAUACGGCUGCCGUUUGUGCCGAGGGAACAGCAUGGGAUCCAGUGAAGAAAAACUGCGGCUGGGAAAAUACAGUUGAGUGUAAGAAAGGCUUGAGAAAAUGGGACAAAAUUACCGACAUACGCGGAGUGACGUUGUUUGCUACCGAUGCUGCAUUGGCUUGGCGUGCGAAAAAAUCUACAACGACACGCACGCCAAUCAAAGUUGAUUCGAAUUUUACAUGUGAAUACGAUGCAGAGGGAUUUUUUCCUGAUCCGAAAUAUUGUCACAUCUAUCAUUUCUGUGGCAUUGGUGCACAUCAAGUUUUGCAGUGUGCGGAUAAUCUUUGGUUUUCAACGAGCACACAAGGAUGUGAAUGGCCAGAGAAAUCAGAUUGCAAAGCAGGAAAUUUACGAACAUCGUCGACACAAGUGACUAACAUGAUCGAUGGGGAUGGAAAUAUUGUGACAACGCCAAGAAAUUUUCGACUAAAUGUUUAUUUGCCUAUCGAAUGUCCGCCUGCUGUACAAAAGUUUUUUCCUGAUCCGUAUGAUUGUUCAGCAUACCAUUAUUGUAACGGUGGUGUCGAUAGACCGUCGUUUUGUGAUGCUGGUCUCUACUAUGACAAAAAACAUGGUUGCCAAUGGCCGAAAGAUGUUCCUCACUGUCAACACAAAUGUCCGCCGAACGGUCAGCGACUACGUUUUGUCGCUACCCAUAGUUGCUGUCAUUACUAUGAGUGUAUUAAUGGUCAUAUGAAAGAACAAGUAUGUCCAUUACACAAACUUUAUUCCGUCGAAACGAAAAGUUGUGAAAACUUCCAAGUUGUUAAUUGUGGCUCGCGACAAAAGUGCAUUGAUCCUUGUGAUUAUGACAGUUCUCCACUGUGCGAAUUCAAACCCGUCUGUCGAGAGAAACCGAAUGGCAACUAUGUUGAUCAAUACCGACCUAACUGUCAAUUUCAUUACACAUGUUUAGAGAGUCGCACAUUUAAUUAUACAGCAUGUGAACAUGGCCAUCGAUUUUCUGUACAACAUCAACGAUGUUUACCUGCCAAACAACGGCGCAUUUAUCAAUCCAAUCGAACAACGGGCAAUCAUUCCUUGAAUCCAACACUGAUCGAUAAACGUUUGAAAUUGAAUCAUUUUACCAUUCUUGGUACACAUAAUAGUUAUCAUAAGCAGAAUUCUUUCUAUCGAUAUGAACAUUCCGAUCUUGCAGAACAAUUCUUCUAUGGUAUUCGUCAGAUAGAAUUAGAUCUUCAUCUCAUGCCGAACCAUGAUGUCGUCUAUCAUGUACAAUUAUUCGAUGAUCGAACGAAUUGCUACUGUUUAAGUGAUUGUAUCGAACGCAUUUGGAAUUGGACGAUCAUCAAUGCCAAUCAUUAUCCAAUUUAUUUAUUUAUCGAAAUCAAACAGAUGUUUUACGAAGAUCUCUUCACUGGACUCGAAGGCGGUGUUAAAUGCAAACAUUUCGAAGCACUUAAGCAACAACUUUUAGACGUUUUCACAAACACUUCCUUGAUUCUACCACCGCAAGUACAAGGAAAUCAAAGUUCACUUCGGUUGGCACUUCGCAAACAAAGAUAUUACGAGCAGAAAAAUGAUUUUACUUAUGCAGGUUACGGUUGGCCACCGUUAUAUCGUUCGCUAGGAAAGAUUAUUCCAGCCUUCCUCGACGACGUGCAUAAUAUCGUUCCAGAUAUGAUUGAUUCAUGUGAACCUUUAUCAGAUUUCUUCUUCAUUGUUCAAAAAAACACAAAUAAAGACUACGCGUCUUUUAUGACCACGAACAGUCCUAUUACCGAUCAAUACUUCAUGCAAAAGAGUAUCAAUCGCGGAUAUAUACUACGUGUUCUACUUGGAUAUGGUGGAAGUCGACUGAAUAAAAAUUAUAACGAAGCAAAGGCGUACGGUGCUCAUAUAUUCAGUACAGAUUAUGAAAAUUGCUACGAUACAGAUAUUUGUCAAAGUGUGAUGAAUGAUUUCAAGAGCGGCUCAUCGAUCUUAUGCAAUCGAGUUCUGUCGCCAGAUUUUUGCAAUGUGACAUCAUUUAUUCUGUAA